UGCCCCCCUCUGAGCCGCGACGCGACCUCCCCUUCGGCUGGGGCAAAUGGUGCGCUAUUUCUAGGCGCGCCUCAGUGUUCCUUUCCUCUCCCUGCGCCUCCUUGAGCCACUGCGGUGUGCCGCAGCUCCCUGACGCCCUCGGCUGGGCCGGCACGGCGCCGGGGGUGUUCACAGCCUGGCACCGGAGUUUCCGACCCCGGGGCAUUGCCAAGCCCGGCUUCUCCACUCUGCGACUCAGGAAGCCCCGUGCGUGUCCCGGGAGUUUGCCUCUGGCCUGGUUUCUUCCCUCCUCCUGCCACCACCCGCCUCGAGCGCUGGAACAGGAGGCUCUGGGCUCGGUCAGGAGCCACCUCUUAGGUCCGGCGGGCGCUCUUGCCCUGGGCGGCUUGCCCACCCCGGGCUCCGUGCCCACGGUGCCAGCUCUGCCCAGAUCUUCCCAGCCCACUGCAGCGGCCUAUGCUCGACGUAGGUUUUUCUUCUCCCGUCGGAGCCGUGACGGACUGGGUUUUCUACCCUUCUGCCUCCCCCUCGAUGGUCAGCACAGGGUUGGCCCGGGACUGGGCAUUUCUGCUCCCUCUCUUUGGCGAGGCGGUUCCUCGCCGUCUGACCUUUGCUCUGCUGCUGCAUUUUAUGCUGUGCAACUGCCUCGCAGUUGCCUUUCCCUUUCCCGGCCUCUGCAGGGCCAGAGGCACCUCGGCCUCCUCGUGCCUCCCUUCUCGGGGCACCGAGCUGUGCCAGGCCCUGGGGCCGGGCCGCGCUGGGGCUGUGGUGGGGGCUGAAGGUGCGUUUACAUAACGCCGGGCGUGUGGGAGCUGGAGGAAGAGGUUGCGUGCGUAGGAGAGAUAAGGCUCCCGCUUUCCCUCCUUCCUUCUUGGUGGUACCAGGCUUGACAUCACCGAGAAGAGAGGAAGAUACAGACGGGCCCCUAGAAGCCUGUUCCUCAGCACAGUCCAGGACCUCUCCAGCCCCAUGGAGCCCCCGAUCCCACAGAGCGUCCCCUUGACUCCCAGCUCAGUCAUGGUCCAGCCCCUACUUGACAGCCGCAUGCCCCACGGCCGCCUCCAACACCCACUCACCAUCCUCCCCAUCGACCAGAUGAAGACCAGCCACGUGGAGAAUGACUACAUAGACAACCCCGGCCUGGUGCCCCCCAUUGGCCCGAAGCGGACCCGGGGUGGGGCCCCAGAGCUGGCCCCGACGCCGGCCCGCUGUGACCAGGACGUCACCCACCACUGGAUCUCCUUCAGCGGGCGCCCCAGCUCUGUGAGCAGCAGCAGCAGCACGUCCUCUGACCAGCGUCUCUUAGACCACAUGGCUCCACCGCCCGUGGCCGACCAGGCCUCCCCCAGGGCUGUGCGCAUCCAGCCCAAGGCCGUCCACUGCAAGCCACUGGACCUCAAGGGCCCAGCAGUCCCACCGGAGCUGGACAAGCACUUCUUGCUGUGCGAGGCCUGUGGGAAGUGUAAGUGCAAGGAGUGUGCAUCACCCCGGACACUGCCCUCCUGCUGGGUCUGCAACCAGGAGUGCCUGUGCUCAGCCCAGACCCUGGUCAACUAUGGCACCUGCAUGUGCCUGGUGCAAGGCAUCUUCUACCACUGUACCAACGAGGACGACGAGGGCUCCUGUGCUGACCACCCCUGCUCCUGCUCCCGCUCAAACUGCUGCGCCCGCUGGUCCUUCAUGGGCGCCCUCUCCCUGGUGCUGCCGUGCCUACUCUGCUACCUGCCCGCCACCGGCUGCGUGAAGCUGGCCCAGCGCGGCUACGACCGCCUGCGCCGCCCUGGUUGUCGCUGCAAGCACACGAACAGCGUCAUCUGCAAGGCAGCCGCCGGCGACGCCAAGGCCAGCAGACCGGACAAGUCUUUCUGACACUUUGGGUCGAAGCCCCCGUGCUGCUACCCCUGGAACUCGGUUCCCUUCUGACACCUGAGAAGACCACAGCGAGGCCAGAGGUUUUAGUGUCCUGAGGCUGACCUUGCUGGUCUGCCCCACUCCCCAUCCUCAGCUUCUGAAGAAAUGAAGACCACCACCGCCCGCCCUCUCUUCCCCAAAAGGAUGAAGAAGCACUUUGGGUUUUUUUCAGGGUCCCAGAACUUUGUGUCAGACAGUGGCAGGGGCGUGGUGUGGCUGCGGGGCAGGGGAGCGGGGGGGGGGUGUUCUUUUUCAGAAGACGGAACACAGAUGUGGACACAUAUCCAGAAGUUGCGGCUGCUUGAAUGCCUUCCCAGUUCCUCCUCCUUCCCCCUCUCCCCCUACUCUUCCAUUCUCUUUGGCUGCCUGGGAGGAAUCAUUUACUGAGUGACCAGGGGACCUUUGAAGAAGACCCCUGGAGCCCUGACUUUCAUACUUCUCCUCCCCCACCCUCCACCCCAGUUUGCCCCAACGCCUUGGGGAAGGCGGAGAAGACCUUGGUGAUCCCUGUUGUAUAUACUUGGGAGCCCCUGAGAGCCAGGGAGUCUAGGCCUCGUUCCUCGCUCUGCCUCCCUGGAGCCACAGAUGGACUUAGGAGCCACUGCACAGUGCAUUCCUCCCCUUCAGCUUCAUCACUAACUCUUGGGGGUGUUCAGCUCGUAACACCGUCCUUCGGUUCUUACCGAGUCACAGACUCACCUGCCACUAUGCGUCCCGUGUUCUCUCUACCUAGAUCCUUUCCAGAAAUUUCACGGGUAGAGACGGCCGGGGCGGCACAUGCGAGACCAAAUAUCAUUUUGCCAAUGAGUCUGAGACUGUGGUCUCUGGAUCCAGUCGUUAUGUUUUUAUAGAACAAUUAAACCAGAUGCUAUAACGGUGUUUUAAAGAGAAAUAAUAAUAAAACACUUUGCUUCCUUUUGGGCCACCCCCAGGAAGGGCUGAUUUCAAAAUCUGGGGGGCGAGCAACCUCAAGGAACACAAUCCCCCUUCCCACCAAGAAGAGGAUUUUCACAGCAAAGAAGAGAGACAGCACCUCCCAUUGGCAGAGCAACAGUAGGGCCGAGCUGGGUGUGGGUUCCUUCUCUUCUGAUUCUGCUGCUUGCUGUCAUAGCCUUUUGUGUACAGUGAUGUGUCUGUAUCUUUAAUGUAAAUAGACAGAUGACAAAAAAAAGAGUCUAUUUUAGUGCUAGGAAGCCCUGGCGGGGGAAUAAGAAAGCAAGGGGGGGGGGGGGUGGGGAUUCUCCAGGGGCUUCUUGGGGGAUUGAGCCCUGCUUCUGUGCGUGGCCACAACACCCCCUCCCAACAGCCCCCAAAGACGUAGCAACUCUCUCUCUCUCUCAAGGUGCUAAAGGACUCAGCGCAGCACGUCCAGUGGGUAGGUACUUGUUGCAUGCAAAAGCUAUAUUGUGUCUGGUCCUUCCUCCCCAGUUGUGUGGGGGGUCUUUGCUUUGUGUGGUAUUUUGUGUGUCCUCCCACCCCCAUGAGAGGAAGUGGCCUGGGUGGGAAAAGCUACCCCAGGUGAAACUGGAAGUGUGUUAGGCAGAGCGUGCACAGCGUUUCCAGUUUGUUCUGUAGGAACAGAACCACCUCCAGGACGGAGGCAAGGAGGCAGGUAGCUGUGAUUGGCAUGCACCCACUGCUUCUCUAGGACUUUUUUUUUUCCCUUCUUGAAGACUAGUAGUAACAUCUUAUGAUUUAGAAUAAGUUCAUCGUAACUGUAGGUAUUUAUUGAUUGGAGGAAAGGAGGGGAGGGUCUUAUCAUUUUAGGCUUUAUUUAUAUAAUGUUUGCUAGCUUGUAAAAUAGGAAAAUAUCGCAUCUGCGUUUUCUAAGGCUGAUUCGUGUAGCUACCCUUGCCACAGUCGUGAUGGAUGUAUGGAUGUUCUUGCACAAAUAGGAGGGAAUGGUAGGAAAAACACAUUCAACCAACCACUUCUACUAAUUGAAUGUAUCAGAUGUGUACCGAAGGGACUGGAGAUGUUUUCCUCAGAAUAGGUGUGCAGAGGUUACCCCCACAAUGGAAGGGCACGCGUCCACUCUUGUUGGCGAGGCCUCAGAACCUUUCCCAGGGUCCCUCUCUCAAAAUGUCUCCAUGGGGAACUUGACCCAAUGGCAAGUUGCACUUUGGUGAUCUUGGUGUUCUACACACCCAUUCUGUGGAGAAUUUACAUAAGCUGUGUAUACACACACACACACACACAAACUACACACCUACCCCACGACCCUCUAUCUACACAGACCCUGUUUCCUGGCAAACAGCCUCCUGACCCCUGAUGAACCCUGACUUUUUGUGUACAUAGUUAUAAACAGGGAUUUUUCUGGUUUUGGGUUUCUUUUUACUUUUUUGCUUCCCCAUUUUGGCUUGUUCUUUUGGUUUGCAUUUCACCUGCUAGAUGGAUGUGUGCCAAGCUCCCGGGGUCCCCUGUGCUCCAUGGUAAAGGGAAGCCAUGUAGCAACUUUGGUUCUCCCAGCUCUGUUGCAGGGCAAGUCUUUGGCAUGUUUUUCUCAGCUUCUUAGCAAAAGAAAAUGAAACUGGCUUUCCCGGGGGCCAGUCGAGGUCCACUGAGGAACACAUUUUGGUGGGUGCUGCUUCCGGCUGAUUAUUUCUGUCACCAACAGCUGGCUUGGCUGGAUUGUGCCUCGUCUUGACCUUUUUGGAAAAGAGCCAGCUGGUUCCCACUUCUGUUCAGCCUGGGUGGGUGGUGGUUCUGCCUCCAACUGGGGGUAGGGUCCACGAGCAUGGGUCUAAGACGUGUCCUAGUGGACCUUGGCUGCUCCUGCCCUGAGGGUGGGUUUGUGAAGGUCCAACACUCCAAGAAACCCUGGGGAAACUGACUCUGCAAUAGCAAAACCCUUCCAGAUGGAUGGCGGGGUGCAACCAAGGCUUCUCACAGUUUCUUGGCUGGAAGGAGGUAAAGACCAAUCCCUGCUGUUGGCACAGGCCCCUUCAACAACAGAAACGGAAGACCUUCAUGUGACAUGUCAACUAGUCCUUUCAGUGCUGUGGAGUCUGCGUGGGUCCCCAACAUACAUUGAGUGUGGCCCAGUUAGAUAAUGACUUGCCCAAGGUUGCACAACAUGGAAAGUAUUGGUUGGAACCAAACACCCAGAUCCCAUCGCCUCAAAGCUCCAUAUUCUCCACCCGUUGCCCCAGGAGAUGUCUGAUAGAGUGUGGGCCGCACAACUUUGCACUGUACAAUUCACUAGGGCAUCUCACAAGCUUGACCGGCCUUUUGGCUCAUACCUUCGGUGAGCAUUCUCCUGCCCUCCGCUUACUGUGACAGUUGAUGACAAAUCUCGCGCUGCCAUUUUUCGCUGUGGGUAACUCCCGUGUGGUGUCUACCUUGCUUUCUCUUCUCUGCCCCACAGUUUGGUUUCAUGUUACAAACAAAAGCUGUUCGAGGUUCCCACCCCACCACAUUCUUACUUCAUUUUCCCUCUUCACUGUAGCCCCUUCUCACCCCACAACAAAAGUUACCACAGAAGGUUUCCUUUGUAUAGAAUAUUUAUUUUGAAGCUCUAUUUUAAUAGUAUUUAUUUUAGAAAGUCUACUAUUGUAAGAGUUCUUCUGUUUGUGAAGAAAAAAAACAAGUUAAAAACUGAAUGUACUGAUCUAGAAAAUAUAUAUAAAUAUAUAUUGUUAAAUAUA